CAUUCAAGCCCAGCACGUCCAAGCACGACCCUGAGCCCUGGACCUGAUUGCUUUAGCGCCUACACUUCUGUUGGACUCCAGCUUCCUGCUGCCUCAUCCCACGUGUCUGUUGCUCUGCGCCGCGCAAAGACGGGAGCUUAACAAACGGACCGUCUGCGCUUCAUUCAAACCGGACGCCCAAUUCAAAUCGAAGACAGCAUCUAGUGCACGGCAAAUUAACCAGAACUUGAACAACAACUUGAAGCUAUUAGCCCCACAGGAGCUUCCGGGCCUUGAGCCUUCGAGUCCAGUUAUCUUGGACCGUCACUUGUUCGGUACUUUGCUGCGCCGACGUCGCGCUUCCAUUUCUCGAGGCCAACAAUUUCACUUCUUGCUUUGCGUCGUUGUCGCCCAGUGUUUCCGCUCUUCACCUCCAUCUACCACAUCUGCCGAAACCAUGGCUUCGUCGGCCACCCGCGCGGCCGUCGCGGGCGCCCCAAGAUCCAGUCCGUCCACGAACCAUACGCUGGGCUUCUUGAACCUGCCGCGGGAGGUGCAGACCGAGAUAAUCAAGCACUGCUCGACACGCGACCUAAUCUGCGUCGCCCUUGUGUCAAAACACUUCCGCGAUCUCGCUGCCGCCCAGCUGUACCGCGAGUUCUCCAUCGUCUUCCCGGACGAGGACAAUCCCCAGUUCGACACCCCCGUCGACUCCCUCGCCGGCGGCUUCGAUACCUUCGUCACCAGCGACUACAACUACGCCCAAUAUCUCAAAGCGCUGUGCUUCGACACGCUUUACCUGGGCGAUAAGGCAGAGGUUUCGUAUCGUCCCUACCUUGCCAAUCUGAGCUGCGGCAAGUUCAUGAACACGCUGCUGCUUUUGACAUUGCGCAAGGCGAGGGCGCUCGAGUCCUUCAAGUGGAACAUCCGAGUCGAGCUAAGCCGGCCGGUUUACAAGGAGCUCCACCAAAUUGCCUCCCUCUCGCACCUCCAUAUCAGGCUGCAUGCAGGCCCCUCGCAGUACGAGACGCCUCCACCUCUACCCUACACUGUUUCGUCUUCGACCGUCUCACCAGGGCCCGCUCAUGUCACUUCCCUUCCUCCUCCCCCUCCAACCUUCGGUCUCAUGCCGCCACCGCCUCCCCAGGGUUUCUAUGUUCCCGCAUCGGCCAUUCCUCUUCCACCAUUGCCUAAGCCACCGCGUGCGAAGGCGCCCAAGAAGCCGUCUCUUGGCAAAGAACCGCCGACCCUGUCCGGCUUCAGGAGGCUCAAGAGUCUCGCGGUCCUUGACAUAGACGAUCUGGACAUCGUGAGCGAGCUCCAGGCGUGUGUGCGGAACUCCGCCGGGACGCUCUCAAAGCUCAAGCUCUCCUUCUCCGAGAAACUGGCCUCGUCAGCCCGGAAGCCCUCGGCCGACCCCGAGUCAGAAGACUCAGAUCAAGAGGAUGACAUCGACCCCCUUCCCGCGGUGCACAACGAGGAAAUGAGCGGCCCGGCAAGGGCUUUCCGAGCUCAGGAAGAGAGAAAAACCCAGGAGUCGGUACUGGGCAGGAUCUUCGAUGUUGAGUCCAUCCCUGCCCGGAAACCUACCGUCGGUUCUGCCGAGAACAAGGAGAAAAAGAUGAAAGUCAAGACAGAAGAGGAACUCGUCGACAUCAUGAAGAAGAUCGCAGCCAAGUUCAUGGGAGAGUUGAACGGAACGAGCGACUUCAAGGCCUCGCAGCACGUUUUCGAUCUGAUUAGUCUCGCUGCUUAUAAGUAUCUCGAGGAGGCCAAGACGCAGAAGGAAACGCAAAACGAGAAUCAGGCCCUCUCGGACACCUCUGCCUCAGAUACCAACCAGUUCUCCGAUGAUAAGGUUGGGGGAACACCUCUCGAGGCAAGCAGCCCUACAGGAGGGCUUUUCAGCAACGCAACAGCAUCCAAAAAGGCGCGGGACGGCCAAGGAGACGCAAAUCCAGACGACAUUGACAUUGAAGAGCCCGAAGAUCAACUCGCUAUCGAGCCAGGGGAGCCGCCGGCCAGUGAUGCGUCCAACGAGCCCAACAACACUGACUCGGAAGCUCCACUGCCUACAGCAGCGAUUCAUUCCAAUAGCACGGCCGAACCUGAUCAUGUCUCGACUGCCCAGGAGUCGCAAAAGGCACUUCGCAAGGCUUGGACUGAACAGGUAGAGCGGAUCGAGUCCCAGGCCGAUGCUCUGGCCAAGGAAAUGCGCCAGUGGGCGGGCUUGAAGACGUCUGCCAACUUCAGCAACUUUGCCGAUGCCGAGUCGUGGUUACGCAACGCCAAUCGAAAUAUUCAAGCCAUGAAGGAUGAUCUCACCGCAAGCCAGAAGACAAUGUUGGAACGCUUGCACACGGCCCCACCUGGCCGGCCAGCUACGAACAAAGAAGUAGAAGACCAAGAGCACGCGCGCAUGCGCGACUACUUGCGGAAGACCAGGGGCAUCGCGCUAGAAUCUCUACGCAUCUACCUCAUCCCGGUCAAGGCAUCCGUCUUGUCCAGGGCGGUCGACUUGCGCAUGCUCCGCCGUCUGACGUUGCUGAACGUCGGGAUCCAGGCGCCUAUUUGGGCACUGCUGCACAAGGAGAACAAGGAGGCUCCCCUCCCGCUCCGCAAGAUCUUCACCGACAACGUCUCGCUCGUCUUCUUGAAUUUUGUCUCGUCCCUGCAGGAGGUCUACGAGCUGUUCCUGCUCGAGCGCGAAAACAAGGCCAAGCCCGAGAGCUUCGCGCCCAAGACGCAGACCACCAUCGACCAAAUCCGCAAGCUCGUUUUCAAAAAGCAUCUCCCCCACCUGCGCCGGCUCAUGAUCAAAAACCUCUCGGGUACCGCCUGGGACGUCGAUGAGAAGUCUAUCCUGCUGCUGUGCAGACAGGGACGCAAGCUCGAGGAACUGGCUUGCAGUAUGAGCAUCCGCGCCAUGCACUGCCUCAUGCAGCACAUCUACGGCCUCGCUUCGCUCCGCGCACUGCACGUCGUCCACCUGCGCAACGAUGACACCUGCGUGUGGGUUAUGCGCGAGACGAAGAAGUUCUUGAUCGACAACGUCUCGCACUACCCGGACCUCAAGCUUGAGUGGAUCGCCAUUGACGAGGACGACCGGGUGGAUAAACUGGUGCGUGUGCCGUCGCCGGCACAGGACGGGAAUGGGGCGAGUGAUGGGGAGGGAAAGAAAAAGGCGAAGGAUACGAAGGGCAAGGGGAAGCUGGAGACGACGGCGGCGGCGGCGGCAUUGGAUCUGGAGGGUGAGGGUGGUGAUGUGGCGCUGGAGGUCUCGGCUCUGAUUGCUGCUGAGCUGGGGAAACAUGAAGAGGGCAGUACGAGCGAGGCGGACGAAACGGAUGGGGAGGAUGAGGAGGGGCUGGGGCAGAAGAUUCAGGUGCUGGAGGGUUUUGCGUUCUCGGACGUGGAGGGGGUAAGGAUCUUCAAGAAGGAGGUUGUGGCUGGGCGGCUCUAGUGGGCUAAAUUGAGGGAUGGGAUUUUUCCAGCGGACUUGGAUUACUAAGGAUGGUGGGAUGGCCGGGGAGUUGAUAAAUGGAUGAGGGUCAGUCAGGGACAUGAGCAUGGGCAAUGGGUAUGGAUUGGCACGGCAUAUGUUUUUCUAUUCUUGGUGUUGGCUUUUUGUAUAGCGCUGAUAAUGACCAUGCUUACGUAGCGGUUUGUUGUUGUUGUUGCUCGUCGGGUCACUUUUCUUGAUGGACGAUGUGGAAUACCCCUUUUCUCAUAGCUGCUGUAAAGAAUAUUCGGUUUUGCUUGCUUGUACUAUUUUGACAGGACGAGAGUGUUAUCCGCUUGAUCAGGAAGUACUCCCUGCCGGCAUGAAUGAGGUCAGUGAAGGAAAGGGUUUUGGAAUC